AUGAGGGAUUAUCAGUUCCAGCCUUUUCCAAACGAACCGAUUCCGGAGACUGAUUUAGAGGUGGACGACAGCGAUAGCACUUGCACCACGAAUUACAACUUUGCUAGUACUGCUGUAGGUAAUCUUUCUCCUACAUAUCAGCUGUCGAACUUGUCUCAGGUGCCAAUAAAUAAUUACAUUCAGCAUCAAGUACCCUCGUAUUCACAACCUUCUAACUACCCAGUCCAUAAUACUCCAAUGAUGAAGUAUCUGCCAAACAAUCAACUCAAUACUACGGCAUAUCAACCUUACCAAUUUCCUCCGCAACUGGAUUAUUCAUUACCAAAUUCUUCAUUUCCACUUGAGGAAACCCAAAGAACUAUAGCAGAGUCAUCUAGCAUAAACCCACAAAGAUACCCAGACAUGACAACGCUAAUUAACUCUAACUCGGGUAUCAGAGGUCCUUUGGUGGAAAGUGUCUUCGUGGAUAACAAAACUUGUAGUAUUUGUGGAAAGAAAAUAAGCCGUGAUAUGUUACGACAUAUGAGAACCCAUCAAUCAGUUGCAAGGUUCAAAUGUAAUUUCCUACAGAACCAGUGCAGUCAUAAAUCCAGACGGUUCAACAGACCUUAUGAUCAUAAGAAACACUUGUUGAAUCGUCACUUUAGAUUCGACAGCCCCGAAGUAAAGAAAGUGCACAAUCUAAACGAUAAACUAGGGCAUUGGGGUACAUGUCCUUGUGGUCAACGAUAUGUGGCAAAAGAGUGGUUAGAGAAGCAUAUUUUAACAACGAACGCGGACCAUAAAUGUCCCUUUGUUGAAUAA